AUGCUUUUGGCAGCGGAACAACACUCCAACCUCCUUGGUUAUCGGUGGAGCCCUACAAAGUGUGAAAUUCUCAAUGCCAACCCUCAAGGGGAACCGUUCACUUUAUAUGGUACAGAAAUUCCUCGUUGCUCGUCAUUCAGAUACCUUGGCAUACCCUUCUCUUCUCUCGGGUUGGAUCGCGAUAUGCUCGUGGCACAGUCGAAGACCAAAGCUCUCUCAGUCAUGAGAUUGCUUCGGGAUAGUGGCGUCCACAUGUAUGGUUUUGGGCUUACCUCUUCCCUCCGUGCCUACAAGAUCUUUGUUCGUCCAAUUAUCGAGUACGGCCUUGCUAUUACUUUUCUUUCGGCUCAACAAACUGAUGUGAUAGAACAAAUUCAAAAGCAAUGCUUGCGA